UUUUCUCAAUGAUGUAUGUGAGUAAUCCGACCCAUGAGCAGCCAUCUUGAAACACAAAUGAGCAAUAUUUUGUGAAUUUUGGCUUGCCGGUGUCUGAAAACUACCAAAUAUAGUGUGGUGCAAAUAACACGCGGCGAUCAUGAAUAUGCUGUCAUCUAUCAUGCCGACGCCGAAGCGGCUUCGUGACCUUAUACGGGAGAUAAGGUCAGCACGAACCCAGGCUGAUGAAAGGGGCGUUGUGCAAAAGGAAUGUGCUCAGAUUAGGGACUCGUUUAGAGAGACUGAUAAUACAUAUAGGUGUAGAAAUGUAGCUAAACUGCUUUACAUUCAUAUGCUUGGAUAUCCAGCACAUUUUGGACAGUUGGAAUGUUUGAAAUUGAUAGCAUCCCCCAAGUUUACAGACAAGAGAAUUGGUUACCUUGGAGCCAUGUUGUUAUUAGACGAGAGGCAGGAUAUUCAUUUGCUGGUCACCAACUCCUUGAAGAAUGACUUGGGUCACCAGACACAGUAUAUUGCUAGUCUUGCACUGUGUACACUUGGAUCUAUAUGUUCAGCGGAAAUGAGUCGAGAUCUGGCCGGGGAAGUGGAGAAAAUGAUCAAAUCAUCAAAUGCUUACAUCAAGAAAAAGGCAAUCUUGUGUGCAUACAGAAUAAUAACAAAGGUACCAGACCUGAUGGAGAUGUACAUUCCAUCAACACGGGCAUUACUGAAUGAGAAAAAUCAUGGUGUGUUGUUGACAGCAGUAUGUUUAAUCACAGAGAUGUGUGAGAAGAGUCCUGAUACAUUGACUCACUUUAGAAAGACUGUACCUCAAUUGGUUCGGAUUUUGAAAAACCUUAUUAUGGCUGGUUAUUCACCGGAACAUGAUGUGUCUGGUGUCAGUGACCCUUUCUUACAGGUGAAGAUUUUGAGGCUGUUGAGAAUUCUAGGUAAAAACGAUGCUGAAGCGAGUGAAACUAUGAAUGAUAUUUUAGCGCAGGUCGCUACAAAUACAGAUACCAGUAAAAAUGUUGGCCAUGCAAUUCUCUAUGAAAUAGUCCUCACUAUAAUGGGUAUUAAGUCAGAGUCGGGAUUGCGGGUUUUAGCUGUGAAUAUUUUAGGAAGAUUUCUAUUGAAUAAUGAUAAAAAUAUUAGGUAUGUAGCUUUAAACACAUUGUUACGAGUGGUGACUGCAGAUUACAACGCUGUACAGAGACAUAGAACAACUAUUGUAGACUGUUUGAAAGAUACUGAUAUCUCAAUAAGGAAGCGUGCAAUGGAGCUCUCAUUUGCUUUAGUCAACAACAACAACAUCCGUGGUAUGAUGAAAGAACUUCUGUCAUUCCUGGAGAACAGUGAUCCUGAGUUCAAGUCAGAUUGCUGCUCCAAGAUAGUCACUGCAACAGAAAAACAUUCCCCAAAUAAAAGAUGGCAUGUGGAUACUGUUAUGAAAGUUUUGAAAAUUGCGGGAAAUUAUGUACACAAUGACAUUGUAUCAGUUGUGAUACAGUUGGUAGCUAGUGCUAACCAGUUACAUUCUCACACAGUACGUCAGCUGUUCUUCUUAAUGAAGGAGGAUAACUCUCAGCAACCUCUGUGUCAGGUCGCAUCAUGGUGUGUAGGGGAAUACGGGGAGCAGCUAUUAUUGCCGCCUUCAGAGGAGGACGAUCUAGGACCAGUAACAGAAGAGGAUGUUGUUAAAGUGUUACGGAAAGGUUUAGAGAACAAUAAUUCCACAACAGUCACAAAGGAAUACUGUAUUACUGCAUUGAUGAAACUUAGCACGCGGUUUAGUGUUGCAAGAGAUUCAAUACUGGAUAUAACAUCUCGAUACAGUAGUAGUACUCAGGUAGAGUUACAACAGAGGGCAGUAGAAUACACUUCUAUAUUUAGAAAAUAUGAUAAUAUGAGAUCUGCGUUAUUAGAACAAAUGCCUUUAAUGGAGGUAAACCGGACGAAGGAAGCCAUUGAUGGCGAGGAUUCUGGCGAGUCUCUGUUAAAUACAGACACUGUAGAACGUAAUAAUAUGGAAAAUAUCAGAUCACCAACCUCCACUCAAACUGAGAGUCAAAAUAUUCUGGAUUUGCUAGAUGUUGGUUCGAGUCCGGUUAUACCUACCCAGCCGCCUGUACAACCAACCAAACAAGAACCUGUAGAUUUACUCUCACUACUGGAUGAUGUGGCCACUAUAUCAUCAGCACCUGGAAUCACAAAUGCUGCACCUCCCGUGGAUUUAAUGGGUGGAUUACUUGGAUCACCAGUUUCUAACAACAUGAUGAAUGGCAACUCCAAUGUAUCGGCUCCUAUUGUAGCGUAUAACAAAAAUGGUUUGUUGAUAGAAUUCCGAUGUGAGAGAGACAAUGAUUCUAUGUCAGUUAGCAUUAUCAAUGUGAAAGCCUCAAACACAUCCCCCACACAGAUGUCCGACUUUGUGUUCCAAGCUGCAGUUCCAAAGUCAUUUGAACUGCAACUACAGUCUCCAUCUGGUAAUCUUUUACCCCCUCUCAAUGGUGGAACUGUAACACAAGUUAUCAAAAUAAACAAUCCACAAAAGCAACCUAUUCGAAUGCGUCUUAAACUAUCUUAUUCACAGAAUGGAAACACAGUGACUGAAAUGGGUGAAGUGAACAAUUUUCCUUCAGAACUCUGGCAAUAGCAUUCAUAAUAUUCUAGUUUAUAUAAAGAAAAGAAAAAAAUGGAAAAAUGAAAUAUUGUGUAAUUCUUGAAAUUAAUGGAGUUUAUGAAUACAUGUUGUGAAGCUAACUACAGCUUUUAUUCUGCUCAUGAAAUAGUGCAAAAAAAUAAGAGAGAACAACUGUUUGGAAGGCUAAUUGGACUGGUUUUGCAUAUUCACAAGUCCUGGACAUACUGGUUUAGUGUUUUGCCAGUUUCCUAUGGAAAAAAAGUGACUGGUUUACUUGUUUUGCUCUGAAAAAAUGUCCUGCCAGAAAUGGACUGGUUUGGAAUGGUACAUCAUUAUUUGCAUAAAAAGUUACCCUGCCAGGAGAUAAUGGACUGGUUUUCCUGUUCAAGUGAUAAUAGACUGGUGUAGAUAUGUAAAGCAAGAACAGUGCUGCUUGACUGAGGUUUUCAGUUAACCAGUUUCAAUGAUAGCAUAGGAUAGACUUGACAACAUGGCAUUGGCCCUUGUGACAGUUCAUUUUUCCAAAGACAUUGGGGGAAAAAGAUUGGCUUUUCCUAUUUCCAUGUUGAAACCAUUAUACGGUUGUUUUGUUGAUAGAAAAAAAGUGUGAUUUGUUCUAUUUAAGUAAUGUGCUUUAAAUGGAGAAUAUUACAUCAGUUUUUGCUUAAUAUGCUAAAUCAUACGCUAGCAUAGUUAAAUCUAGACUCAACAGCUCUUUCUGUAAGUAAAAAUGAUUGAAAGAAUGUCUUUUCAUUUCUUAAAAAUCAUUAUUUUAAGAUCACCAAUUUCAUCAACCAGAUUUGAGUGAAUGGGUAUUUGACGAAGAAAACUUUACUUAUAAGGAAUACUUGUUUAAUUAUAAAGAAUACUUGUUCAUUAUAUUUAACAUUACAUGUUCACAUAUAAAUGCUAAUACUAUUUGAAAUGGCUAUGGUUUUGCAUAGGUUAAAAUUGCCUUAAAUGUUAAAACUUGAUGUUUUGUAAUACAUUAAUCAGUCUAGAUAUAUCGUAACCAUUGGAGCAGUAACAGGCUAACUCUUACUAAAUUCAGUAGGAGUUAACCCGUUACUGCACUAAGGUGACAUUUUGAUGCCGAUGUUUUAGUGGAUAUAUAAAAAAAAGCGUAACUUGUCAUUGAUUACUUUGCAUAAUAACAAUAGGAGUAUAUGUGCUUGAAACUUAAACAUGUCAAUUAAAGAGAAAAUGGCAGUAAAAAAUUAAGAUGCAUGGGUUAGUCUCAGAAAGUACUUUGUGAAUUUUUUUUAAUUCCCAAUUUUGAAAUCUGUGUCAAGAAACUAUCUGAAUUAUAAAAAUACAAAUGAAGUAAGUUGAUUUUUAUAAAAACAUCACUUUUUUCUUGUGGUACAGAUCUGUUUUGACCUGAAUCCUGCUGAAUAUACCCGUACAAGUGCAGAUCUAGAUUAGAUGGCACAUAUAUGCAGUCUGAUCAUGGUCUGCACUGUUCGCUAUUCAGUCUGUACGUAUAUUAAAAUUUUCCCUAAAAAUAUUGCAUGGUUUUUGUCCAUAUUUAAAGAUGGACUAAGCCAUUUAAGGUACUAAGGUGA